GAAGUACACUCUGCAAAGUUAACUUGCACAUUCACUGUCCAAGUUACAGCAUCUUCGGGGUCGCUCUGUGCCAAGCACAUCAACUCUUUUCAAUAAAAAUGGAUGGAAAAACAGAUGUGAAGUCUCUCAUGGCGAAGUUUAACACAGGAGGCAACCCGACAGAAGAGGUCUCGGUCAACAGCCGACCCUUCAAAGUCACGGGGCAACAUUCCCCUUCAGGAGUGCAAGCCAAAAAGAACUUAUUCAACAACCAAGGAAAUGCCAGCCCUCCAGCAGGACCCAGCAAUGUACCAAAGUUUGGGUCUCCAAAGCCACCUCUGGGGGUGAAACCUUCUUCUGAGGAAAAGCCUGACAAAGAGCCCAAGCCCCCAUUUUUAAAGCCCACAGGAGUGGGCCAAAGAUUUGGAUCACCGGCAGUCUCAGCCACCAGAGACCCUGAGGUGAAAGCAGGAUUUCUAAAACCUGCAGGUCCCAAGCCCAUCAACUUGCCCAAAGAAGAUUCUAAACCUGUGUUUCCCCGGCCUCCUGGGAGCAAGCCUUUACUUCACAGUGUAAACCAAGACCACAACGUAACACCACCAGGCCCGAAGCCUGGAUUUAAUCCCCCAGCCCAGGAAAAUGAACAGAAACAAGUGUUUCCAAAGUUGUCUGGAAUUCAAGGCAAGUUUGUGUCAGCUUCACAAGAUCAUGACCCCAAGCCACACUUCCCCAAACCCAUCUUUGGCCAGAAGACAUCCCUGAGUAUCGAUGAUCCGCACGAAGUCGAGAGUCCCACUAAAAACUCAUCUCCACAGAGAGGAGUCAAGCCCAAAAUCAGCCCUUUAAAACCAGCAAGGGAAGACUCAAACAGUAAAGACCAUGGAGGCGAGACAUCAAGCUCACCUUUUGCUGGAGUGGUUCUGAAAUCUGGUGCAAGCAGAGGAGUCCCAGCUCUCUCCAAAAAUGCUGAAGAGAAAAAAGAGGACAGGAAGAUAGACGCUGCUAAGAACGUAUUCCUGAGCAAAAUAAAUCAGGAAGAGUCAACCUCUGGGGCUCCUCCUGCCAUGUUCCCUAAGACACCUUCUAAGGUGAUAAUGGCAGGGCCUUGGGGCCAAAGUCAAGAAAAGGAAAAAGGAGACAAGAAUUCAGCCAUCCCUAAGCAGAAGCCCCUGCCUCCCUUGUUUGUCUUGGGGCCGCCACCACCAAAACCCAACAGACCGCCAAAUGUUGACCUGACGAAAUUCCACAAAGCUGCUUCUGGAAACAGUACCAGCAAGGGGCAAACAUCUUACACAACAACGUCCUUACCACCAGCUCCACCACCUCAUCCGGCCAGCCAACCACCAUUGCCAGCACCUCACCCAAUACAACCACCAGUUCCAAGCCUACCUCCCAGAAACAUUAAACCUCUCUUAGAUCUAAAAAGCCCUAUGAAUGAAGAAAAUCAAGAUGGUGCCACGCACUAUGAAGGUAGUGGAAUUCCCGAUGAGGAAGAAAGUGACGGAGAAACAUAUGAAGACAUAGAAACAUCCAAGGAACGAGAGAAGAAAAGGGAAAAGGAAGAAAAGAAGAGAUUAGAGCUGGAGAAAAAGGAACAGAAAGAGAGAGAAAAGAAAGAACAAGAGAUAAAGAAGAAAUUUAAACUAACAGGCCCAAUUCAAGUCAUCCAUCAAGCAAAAGCUUGCUGCGAUGUCAAAGGAGGAAAGAAUGAACUGAGCUUCAAGCAAGGAGAGCAAAUUGAAAUAAUCCGCAUCACAGACAACCCUGAGGGAAAAUGGUUAGGCAGAACAGCAAGGGGGUCAUAUGGCUAUAUUAAGACAACUGCUGUAGAGAUUGACUACGAUUCCUUGAAACGGAGAAAAACCUCUCUCGGUCCUCUUUCAUCGAAACAUAUUGAAGAUGACCAAGAAGUGUACGAUGACGUCGCAGAGCAGGAUGAGGCUAGCAGCCACAGUCAGAGUGGAAGUGGAGGGAUGUUCCCACCUCCCCCAGAUGAUAUUUAUGAUGGGAUCGAAGAGGAAGAUGUUGAUGAUGGCUCCACACUACAGGUUGAAGAGAAGAGUAACUCGUGGUCCUGGGGAAUUUUGAAGAAAUUAAAGGGAAAAGAUGACAAAAAGAAAAGUAUACGAGAGAAACCUAAAGUCUCUGAGUCAGACAAUAAUGAAGGUUCAUCUUUCCCUUCUCCUCCUAAAGAAUUGGACAUGGGAGAGGAGGUUUAUGAUGAUGUGGAAGCCUCUGAUUUCCCUGCUCCACCAUCAGAGUUAAGUCAAGGAUCCAAGGCCAAGACAGAAGAAAAAGAUCUUAAGAAGCUAAAAAAGCAGGAAAAAGAAGAAAAAGACUUUAGGAAAAAAUUUAAAUAUGAUGGUGAAAUUAGAGUUCUAUAUUCAACCACAGUUGUACCCUCCUUAACUUCUAAAAAGUGGGGGAACAGAGAUCUACAGGUAAAGCCUGGUGAAUCUCUUGAUGUUAUACAAAGUACAGACGAUACAAAAGUUCUCUGCAGGAACGAAGAAGGAAAAUAUGGUUAUGUCCUUCGGAGUUACUUGGCUGACAAUGAUGGAGAGAUCUAUGAUGAUAUUGCUGAUGGUUGCAUCUAUGACAAUGACUAGCCCUCAGCUUUGGUCAUUCUGCAAUGUUCAUUUGAUACCAAUAUGAAGUCUGGGUUUUAAUUGGCAUAUGUUAUUGGGUAUCAUUGAAAAUGAAUGUACAAAACUACUUAUUAUCAUUUGUCAUAAAGUUCUGAUUAUCUUUAUAAAGUUUUGAAAUUUUGGACAUAGAAAAUGAUCUCUCUGCUUAAUCGACGUCUUGGAAGACUACAUCAGUGAGAUGUAAGAACUAUUAAAGAUCCCAUUUUCUGACUCAGCUACAAUUAUUAAGGCACUUCUUUUAGAUCAUCAAAAGACAAUCCCUCUCUAAAAAAAAAUCAUUUGAGAAGAAAUGACUGUGUUGUCUAAAGAAAUAUAAAGAAGAACAAUAAAGAAAUAUGAAGAAGGAAAUUUUUAAACAUCCCACAAGAAGAAAACUAUUGUUUGCACCUCUAAAUUGUGAUUAUAUCUUAUAUUCUCUAUUCAAAUUAUCUAUCUUUAAAAAGGCAGAGCUCUCUUCUAUGUUGCUGGUGAGUUAAAUAUUUUCAAAAAUUACAAUAGUAACAGAACUUUUGUAUAAAGUUUGUCCCUAUUUGUUAAUUGUGAAUAUGUGUUAAUUAUUUGAUAAGGAUGUAUGCAUUUUGGGAUGCACACAUGAAAUUAAAACUAUAGAAGAGUCUAAAAUGUUAUCUUUUUGCAGAUUCAUAUGCUAACAGUAUAAUUCUGUAUUUUGUUUAAAGUACUAUUGUAACUAGAGUAUAAAUGAAUGCGGACUACACUAAAAUUAUGCAAAAUGGAAUUUGGACUUUUAUGGCACUUCUUUACUAUGAAGACUUUUAAAAAGA